AGUAGAGAGGCCCAAGCUUCGUGAAGCUUACCGGCUCUCUCUCUCUCUCUCUCCAUUAAAAAGCUUAACCUUGCUUCAUUGGAAAACAAACAACAUCCUUUGCUCACUCUUUUCUGUCUCUCAAAAUGAAGAAUAAACAACAACAAGCAGCCUCGCCGACCUCAAUUCAAAAGCUCUUCAAUGCCCAAAUGCACCUCCAUAACCUUGUCUCUUAUCUUCUAAUCUUUUGCUCCGGUUUAGCCCUUGGACUCACACUCAGUUUCUAUCUGAAAGAUUUCCCCUUCAACUUGCAGCUCAACCAGUUCCUAUCUCCAACAUCACCCCCUGUCCUGAUUUCAUUGAAAACCAAGAAUCUCACCCGAGUUGGAUUAAAAGAAUACUUAAAACCACCAGAUGUUAUGCACGAUAUGGAGGACAAAGAGUUGCUAUGGAGAGCUUCCAUGGUGCCUAGGAUACGUGAAUUACCUUUCAAUCGCACACCAAAAGUUGCAUUCAUGUUUUUGACAAAAGGGGCUAUGCCAUUAGCUCCACUUUGGGAGUUGUUCUUUAAAGGACACGAUGGUCUCUAUUCUAUAUAUGUGCAUCCAAAUCCUUCUUUCAACGGAACAGUGCCUCAAGGUUCGGUUUUUCAUGGCCGGAGGAUCCCAAGUAAGGCAGUGACAUGGGGAGAGUUCAACAUGGUGGAAGCGGAGCGCCGCCUACUCGCCAACGCACUGCUCGACAUAUCCAACCAACGUUUUAUCCUUCUCUCGGAGUCAUGCAUUCCUCUAUUCAAUUUCCCUACAAUCUACAAAUAUCUCAUGGGCUCAGAAAAGUCCUUUGUGGAGGCUUAUGAUUUGCCAGGCCCAGUGGGCCAAGGCCGAUAUGAUCACAAAAUGGCGCCCACAAUUAAGCUCGAGCAAUGGAGAAAAGGCUCACAAUGGUUUGAGAUGGACCGUGACCUUGCCAUUAAGGUAAUUUCAGACAAGAAAUACUAUGCAGUAUUUGGAAGAUAUUGCAAGCCCUCUUGUUAUUCAGACGAACACUAUUUGCCCACAUUUGUUAGUAUCAAGUUUUGGAAGAAGAAUUCAAAUAGGACUUUGACUUGGGUUGACUGGUCCAAGGGUGGGCCCCAUCCAUCUAAGUUCAUAAGAACACAUGUUACUGUUGAAUUUUUGAAGACACUAAGGAAUAAUGGUAGCGAAUGUGAGUACAAUGGAAAGACCACCAAUACUUGCUAUUUGUUUGCAAGAAAGUUCACUGCCCAUGCCUUGGAUAGGUUAUUGAGGUUUGCUCCAAAGUUAAUGCAAUUUUAAUUGAUUUGCAUAGGUAGUAGUAGUUGUUGUUGUUGUCGUUGUUGUUGAUCAUUCAUUUAUACAUACACGAAUGGGUUUAGGGCACAAUAAGAAGUACAUG